AUGUCUCACAGAACCGAGGUCUCAUGGGGCGCAGUAAUUGAUGCUUAUAUUGAUCAAGGUUUUUUGACGGAUGCAUUGCAAUUGUAUGCAAAGAUGAGGAGUUUGGGACAUUCAGCAAGCAAUGCAAUCUUGGUGGGGGCAUUUGGUGCUUGUGCUAAGCUGCAGGACUUGGCACUGGGGAGGAUUAUUCCUGGGCAAGUUGAGGCCAUGGGGCUACAACUCAAUGUGACCCUUGGAACAAGUCUGGUUGACAUGUACUCAAAAUGUGGAGCUAUCGAAAUGGCCAUGGAGGUAUUCUCUAGGAUGCCUGUGAAAAGUGUUGCAUCAUGGAAUUGCAUGAUCAACGGUCUGGCAAUGAAUGGUGGGGGAAGCGCAGCAAUUGGCUUGUUUAAGGAGAUGCAGGCGUCUGGUUUGGGACCCAACAGUGCAACCUUUGUGGGUGUCCUGCAUGCAUGCAGUCAUGGAGGGCUAGUGAAUGAAGCACUCGAAUUCUUUUCGUGUAUGAGUGAGUUGUACGGGAUUGAAACUAAUGUUAAGCAUUAUGGGUGCAUGGUUGAUCUCUAUGGCCGAGCUGGGAAGCUUGAGAAGGCCGUGGAUGUCAUCAGAACGAUGCCCAUGAAACCGGAUAUUGUAAUAUGGGGAGCAUUGUUAGGUGGGUGCAAGGAGCAUGGCAACGCAAAGCUUGGGGAGCUGGUAGGAGCACAGAUUAUGAAGCUACAACCACAUAAGGUUUCCGGGUGCUCGAGUCUUUCGGAUAUGUAUGCGAUGGAUGGGCGAUUGGAGGACGUGAUCAGUGUAAGGAGGAUGAUGCUGGACAUGUAUGUUGGGAGGGAACCUGGAUGUAGCACCUUGACUUAA